AUGAAAUAUAUAUCCUUUACUUUUAUUUUAACUUUAAUUUUUGCGGGUUAUGUGAUAAAUACAAUAUGGACUUUAGCUGAAAUUUUUAUACCGCCCGAAUGCAGUCGUGGCGAUAGAUGUUUAACGAAUUAUUUGGCUUCAAACCCAAUACAACAUCUUGUUCUAUACACGUCCAUAAAGGAAUUUCCUUACGGAAAUGGAAAAUUUGAAUCUUCAGUUAACAAAGUGUACACUUCGCUUAAGUUCGACUAUCAAAAUCCGGCAACCAUGGAAGUUACUUUAAAAAUACCUCGCAAGACACGUAACAAUGGAACUUUCUAUAUGCAUGCCGUUCUUUUGGAUGAAAGUAAACUUUACAACGACUUUAUAGAUAUAUUUAGAAACGAAGCAGUGCAUACUUUACCCUUGGUAACGUAUACUGAACCUCAAGCGGCUACAUUUAAUCUACUCAAAGACAAUACUGACGGAGCUGCACAAAAAUAUAAAGAAGUUAAACCCUACUCACAUAUAUCAACAGUAGCUCCAUUGUCAAUACUAACCGAUAGUCUGAACCUACCUGCUCGUAAAAUUCCUCCCGAGUUGCAUCCUUAUAUGCGGGUCCGGGGUAAAAACUUUCUACCAAUUAUUCAACACAAUGUUCUCAAAUCAAGGAUUGCUAAUUUACAGCUACUAAAUAGUAGUACUACUGAAGUUAAUGUUACUGUUAAUGUAUCACCCUCAUCCUAUGGUUCUUUGAGAUUGGCACUACACGUGAGACUGGCUUUGAAUCAGCUCAAGAGUUUAGGAUUCAGUGAAAAAGAUAUUGAUGAUGUCAAAGGAAUCUUUGCUGAUACAAAUCUGUAUUUACUGUCAGCCACUGUUUUAAUAGCAAGUUGUCAUUUACUAUUUGACUUCCUAGCAUUCAAGAAUGAUGUUUCAUUCUGGCGUAGUAAGAAAACUUUAGCUGGUUUGUCAUCAAGAACAAUUUUCUGGCGAGCAUUCUCUCAGUCUGUGAUAUUCUUUUAUCUUCUCGAUGAACAGACCUCAUUACUUGUUCUGAUUCCUGCAGGAAUUAGUGCCUUAAUCGAGAUAUGGAAAGUUAAGAAGGUUUUACAUUUACGUAUAACAUGGCGUCCGUUCCGUAUAUAUCGGGAUGUGACGUCAGACGAGGCUGAGAAGACGACGGCCCGGGCUGAUGCUGAGGCUAUGAAAUAUCUAUCGAUGUUACUAUACCCGCUGUGUGUAGCAGGCGCUAUAUAUUCACUGGUCUACGAACCACAUAAGAGCUGGUACUCUUGGGCGUUGCACAGUGUAGUGAACGGCGUGUAUGCCUUCGGAUUCUUAUUUAUGCUGCCGCAGCUGUUCGUGAACUACCGCCUGCGGUCGGUGGCUGCUCUGCCGUGGAGAGCCUUCAUGUACAAAGCCUUUAACACCUUCAUAGACGACGUCUUCGCCUUCAUCAUCACGAUGCCGACCGCACACAGAGUAGCUUGUUUCAGAGACGACCUGGUGUUUGUUGUUUAUCUGUACCAGAGAUGGCUCUACCCGGUCGAUAAGACUCGCACCGACACGUCUGUCAGUAUGGACGAAACGACGGAGGAAGUUACAGACAAACAGAAGAACGACUGA